AUGGACAUUGUCUUCUGUGACGCCGGCGGGGAACAGCCUCCCGCCGGACUCACGCUCACCGAUUUCAAAAAUACGUGCAGUAGCCGCGGCCACCUGAGGGUGGACACAAAGAGGGGGCGGGCUGCCGGCAUCACCCGCAAAACCCAGCUGUCCUUCCAGGCCAGAGAGGUCGGCAAAGUCCCAGCGGAUCAGGCGUUACCAUUUGCCCCUGUGACGGACAAGCCACCAGCUUUCGCCCCCCCUUCCACCCCCGCCCCCCCAAAGGGGGCAUAUUUGCAGAGCUGGGACACCCAGGCUCGUUUCUACAAAGGCAGGGAUCCUCCAAGCCAGACGCGCCGCAGCGCCCCAGCCUCCGACCCCCGCCGUGGCUCACCGGUCCUGGGGACCAGCGCGGGGACCGGGGUUGGGGAGCUGACUCGGGUGGCUGGCCUCGGGUCCCGUUUUCGGACUGUCCGGUUUGACUCGUGGGGGUUGGGGGUGGCAACACUCCCGGGGGUACGCAGAAACCCCUUCUCCGGGGAGCCAACGUUGCAGCCGCCGAGGUUGCGGCUGGAGAAGGGGGAGCGCCGGGAGCGGGACUGGCACUCGGGGGCCGGGAGCCCGGAGCCGGGCGGCGGCGGCUGGUCGCCCCCUCCAGGCGGCGGCAGGCACGGCCGGCCCCGGACCCCGGUGGCGGGGCGCUCCCCCAACCCCGUGUGCCCCCACCCCGGGCGGAGCGCGCCCCGGACAGGGGCCCGGGCACCAGGCUCCGCCCGCCUCCACCUGCGGAUCUGGGGCGCCGCGCCGAGGCGGCUCCCGGGGCCCCCUUCCCGUUCCCCGGGGUCCCGGCGAGCGGUCCCAUCCCUGGAAAAGGACCCCGGUGUCACGCAGCGCGGGCGCUUACCCGGAAAGGGGCGGCUCCCGGCGCGGGGCGCGCGCGGGGCGGCAGGGAAGCGGCGGCUGCGCUGCGCCGGCUCCGGGCCCGCCGAGCGCCCUGCAGCGCCGCCGGCUCCGACUUCCUCUUCCUCGGCUCGGCCCCGCCACUCGGCCCCGCUCCCCGGCUCGGCCGCGCCCGGGCCGCCCCUCCCUGCGCCGCGCUGCGGGCUCCGCCGGCGCGAGCAGCGGGUCUCCCGGCCCGCCUCCCCUCUGCCCCGCGGCGAGAAAGACACAUCACUUUUCUUCAUUUUCCGGGAUCCUCAGGUUUAGCUUUCUCUUGGGCGUGAUCAUUUUCCAUAGGAUUUCUUUCAAGUCAGACCCAAAGUGAUUCUUUUAAAUCAACGUCGCAGUGUGACACACAAGCUCGCGGGUAAUAAUAUGGAAAAGGAGGACGAACCUCGCUGGUUUGCAGGCAUCGCUACCCUGGUCACCGCAGUUCAUGUACCGAAGAACCUUUGCUUCGAGAAAGUAAAAGCGAAAAAGGAGGCAAAGAAGACUAACCUUUGUCACUGCCAGAUAGCUCUUUAAAGGCACCGACUCUGUAGUGAAACUAUGACUUCAGUCAAAGGUGCUUCGGGUGAACGUCAAAGGCAAGCGAAGUGAUUUCUUAACACUUAUCUCCCUUCCAAGGCAGACACGUCGUGUUUGCCGAGUGACUCCAUUAGUUUCUGUAAUUUUUCAGAGUGCGGUCUGACAUUACUUGUCUACAGACUUUCAGCUUGACCAGUUAUUAGCUGUGUGGGCUUGAGGGAAUUAUUUAACUUCUCUGUGCUUCGGUGUCCUCAUCUGUAAAAUGGGGAUAAUGAUGAUAGCGCCUCCGGCAUGAAGUUGCUGUGUGUGAUUUAGAUAAGAUAAUGAGCAGGAAAGCUUAGGAGCCUGCCCAGCACACA